AUGGUGGCGUAUUGGCGACAGGCUGGACUCAGCUACAUCCGAUACUCCCAGAUCUGUGCAAAAGCAGUCAGAGAUGCACUGAAGACCGAAUUCAAAGCAAACGCCAUGAAGACAUCUGGCAGCAGCGUAAAAAUUGUGAAAGUGAAAAAGGAAUAA